AUGCCACGUACUCACCCAUGGAUCAAAUUUACCGAAUGGGCCAAGAUAUACGGUGACAUUAUUCAUCUACGAGUACACACCAACCACAUUGUGAUCCUAUCCUCCUAUAAAGCAGUCUCGGACCUAUUUGAGUCAAGGGGUGCACUGUAUUCGCAUCGUCCGAGGAGGGAAAUGGCAUUUCUGAUGGGCUGGGAAAGGGUCAUGCCCUUUCAUGGAUACGAUGAGGACUGGAAGAUGUACAGGCGUUACGCUAAUCAAGGUUUCAAUAAGAAAGCAGCUAUGAAGUAUCACGCUGGUCAGACGAGGGACGUGCAUUUAUUCUUGCAGCGGUUAGCCGCAAACUCGGAGAAUUUUGCUCCUGGAAAAAUAAUUAUGCGGAUUACCUAUGGUUAUGUUGUCACUGAUGCCAACGACCCUUAUGUUAAGAGCUCGGACGAAGCCAUCGAGUCACUCGGACGUGUGACCAUGAUGGGCAAUUAUCUUGUGGAUAGCUAUCCCUUCUUAAGGCAUUUACCGACCUGGUUACCAGGUAUGGGAUUCAAAACUAAAGCAUUUGAAUGGAGUAAACUCCCUCUUGGAAUGGCCAAUAUCCCCUUCGAGUGGACGAAAAAGCAGAUGGCUGCAGGCAUUGCAAUACCGUCUUUCUUAUCCGAGUUGCUUGAACAGAACGUAGAUGGCCGUCGUGGCGAAGAAAUUAUCAAAUGGACGGCGGCAUCCAUGUACGGCGGCGGCGCACACACGACCGUUGGGUCUUAA